CACAGAACUUUAUCAGACGUUAAACAGGGUGGCUUAUUUUAAGUGAAUAGACAAACACUGUAAAUUGAAACGCGCUGACGCUAGAUUUGUUAUUUGAUACACGGUGCCUUUAUUGGAAAUUCUGUUGUUGACGUAAAUUAGUCGGAGAUUGAAAACAUGCUUUCUGAAAGUGACAGCGUCACAUGCAGACGAUAUGUGGCAAUUGUUACUUAAAGGGGUGUUCCUCCGGAUUUCUGACAUUUUGUAAAGAUUGAAUGAAAGUGCCUUUCAUUUCUAAACAAUUUGUUUGAAAUCUAAUGUUUUAUAAUUGAGCGUAGAAUCAUUGUAAAUCGAUUUGGAUUUAAGUAUUAUUGUGACUUUACAUGUGGAUUCAGGAAAUUAAUUAAGGAGAAAAAACAACGUUACAACUGUGGCUACAUAACACGAAGAGAUCUGAAAUGAUGGAAGGUAUUAGACAGGCAUAAAACAAGCUCUUGUGAUAGAAGAAGUUAUCAAAGAUAUGGAAAAUAUUACAUUAUUACCUAGUUUAGGAUAUACCCAAAAUUGGAGCAUAACCGAAGAAGUGCCUAGGAACAUAACAGUCACCGUAUUGACGUUUAAUGUGACUGCCAAUGCCAUAUUUGGCGAUUUUAACAGCAGCACUGAAUUGUUGAAUACUACUUAUGGAACAAACGGGACAACCGGGAUAAACACGUCUAUUGAAGACGCGCACGUGCAAUUUUCACACGUUCCAAAGUAUGAUACUCCGGUAAUGGUGAUAUUAUGUAUUCUAUUGGCGUUCAUGAUUCUUGCGACAAUUAUGGGAAAUGUUUUUGUAAUAGCGGCAGUAAUUCUUGAAAGAAGUUUGCAAGGAGUUUCAAAUUAUUUGAUAUUGUCCUUGGCAGUGACGGACCUUCUUGUAGCAGUGUGUGUGAUGCCGCUAAGCCUGGUUUAUGAAAUCAGUGUAUAUUGGUAUCUAGGUAACACAAUUUGUGAUUUUUGGAUCUCUGUUGAUGUCCUGUGCUGUACUGCAUCAAUUCUUCACCUCGUCGCUAUAUCAUUGGACAGGUUUUGGGGUGUGUCAAACAUAGAUUAUAUUCGAAGACGCAGUGCUAAACAAAUUCUAAAAAUGAUUGCAGUUGUUUGGUUAGUCGCCGUAGGCAUAUCAUUACCACCUUUGUUUGGAUGGAAAGAAGGGCAUAAUAUUCCAGAAAAAUAUGGCAUAUGCAUGAUCAGUCAGAAUUUAGUGUAUACAGUUUUCUCAACCGUAGGCGCUUUCUAUUGCCCGCUUGUUCUUAUGGUGUUUUUAAAUUUUAAGAUAUAUAUAGUUGCUCGAACUCGAAUUCGGAAGAAAAACUUUGGCGGGAGGAAUAAAAAAUCUGGGCCCGGGGAAUUAACAUGUGCGGGAAAUUUAAAAAGUUAA